AAUGUGUAUAAAAUGAAUCUGGCCUAUUGGCAAAUUAUCUCAGUGUUUUUUCCUACGGUCGGUGGAACAAGAACGAAAUGAAAUUUUUUGCAGCAUUCUUCGUCACCCUUUUGGCUGUACAUGCCAGUACUCAAACUCCUGUAAAUGAUGCUUCUACCAAAGAAGUACUCAUUGAACUUCUAAACGAUGCCCUGAAGGUUUCUGCGGCACUUCUAUCGACCGCCAAUAGCGUAUUGAAUGACUUCAAGACUAACGAAACUGAGACCGCUGAGGGUUUAGCAAAUCUGGUAGCUAAACGACUACAAACGAUCAAUGAGGUUGUUGUGGACCUUGUCGACGAAUUAAAAGACGGUGCCACCGACCAAGGAAGGAAGGUUCUAUCUUGCGUUGAUGCUGAAAAGGACAACGUCGACGCUGCCAUUCUUAAAACUGCUCUCAUUCUUGCCGAUAAUACUCUUACGGAAAUUCCCCUGCUCACUGACUUGGCUGAAUUAGUAUUGACUCAGGGUGCUGAGCUUCAAGAGGACGUGAAACUGUUAGUUGACACUUUGGAGACUUGUGAUUCCUCCGACACCAUUUGCUUGACCGUAUUUGCUGUGUCAGCAACGAAAAUUAUUAAAGAGGCUGUGGAAAAUGGCCAAGAAGACGUUGACGCUUUGGUGACCGUUGUCAAGUCGAUUAUUAGCGAUGUUCAAGCUUGGGACGUUCGUGGCACCAUUCGUGAGGACAUUCAAGCUAUCUUCAAUGACGUAGUUGUAUGCAUCUACAGUUAAAUAUGUACUUACAUGUAUAUACAAAUCUGAACUGCUCUAAUAAAUUGAUUAAUGCCUA